AGAACUGUGGUUGAUGUCUUCAUUUUUUUCUGUGUUGUCUCAUCUACCAGACUUGGGGACAAGCUUUCUUGCAGGUCCUGACUAGGUCUCAUAUUUCAAGACUCGGCUUAGAUGCUCAAGAAAUAUUUGUUGAUUGAUGCACAUUAUCACCUAAGAUCAGGGUUACCCGGAGGAUGAGGCACUCUCUGGAGAAUUCCAUCCUCUCUGAGGACCCUGUCAGGAUGACGGCCCCCAUGAUGUCACAGCAGCCCCUCUCUGAGUGGCUGGCUGCCUUCUCUGCUUCCGGGCUGGAGGCCGGGCAGCAAGCUGGACAUCACCCAGCUCCGUUUUAUCCAGAAGGACACCUCGAGUACAUUGAUUCCACGGCUGUUGCAGACUCUCUCCUGGAGCUGGCUCGAUCUGUUACUUUGCCUCUGCCUCAUCUGGGAACAGCCCAGGGGCUUUCCUUGGAGGCCCAUCAGCCCUCCUCAUCACCCGGGCGACUCCAGCCAUGCCAGGAGGUCACGCUGGGGCAGCUGCACGUGGCUGUCUGGCCUUCCCCAGAGAAGCAGACGCAGCAGGACAGUGAGCCUGGUCCUCUUGACAUUUCUCAACCUCUGAAGAGAAGGAAGCUCAACUUGCCCGGGGACGACCUUUCUCCAUUGAGGUUGCCUCUAUCUCAAAGCCCGCUCCCUCUUGGGCAAACCUCACUGCCACUCCCUGGUGCAUCCCUACUCCCAGAGCUGUUGACAGUGGACAGCAGUCAGCUCUAUGACCAUGGACUCGAACCUGCCUCAGCCAUGGGCCAGCUGCUCAGUGUGGAUUCUUGGUCCGCUUUCCCCAUUGGCGUCAGCCCGGAGGCCCGCGCCAUUCCCCUCACUCCUUCUCCGGCUCUUUGUGAUGGGCUUCCCAUGAGGGCAUUGCCUGGGGAUGGGUUUUUGCUGAGCCUCGAGGGAGGCAGCGAGAACCCGCAGGACACAUCGGGGUCCGGGAAGAGCCUUCAGGACCCAGCUUCCCUGGUGUCCUCUAGCUUCCCAGAGGACUUUGUGGAUGCCAGUGCCCCCAUCCCCGUCCUGGGCCAAGUGGGAGAAGGGAGCUGCUCCUCAGCUCAGUACUGGACUCCAGAGCAGCUGCUUCCCCCAGUGGAGCUCGCUUGUCUCCCUGAGGCGAGCUCCCUGCCUGAGACCGAUCAAGACCUGCCGUCGACUCUGCAGCCCCAGGAAGGCGCUCUGUUCUGGAAGAGCUGGGCCCAGAGGAAGAAUGAAAAGAUCCUGAAGAAGGCGGAAAACGAACCUCAGGGACUGGGAAGAAGAAAACCCAGCCUUUUUCAGGAAGACGUCCUCUCUGUGCCCAUAGCAGAGCUCAAUCAAGGCCUCUGCCUGAUGACCCAGGAGGCCAGGAGGCAGGACGGCUCCAGCUAUGAGGCAGACAUGCUCUAUUACUUAUUUCUCUGUAUUCAGAAGCAUAUGUUUGACAACAAUCGGAUUGACAACAUCUUCACGGACCUUUACUACCUGAAGUUUUUGGAAAGGCUUCACCAAGUGAUGAAAGGAUGGCAUCCUCGAGUCAGCCCCUUGGGGCGAGCGCCGUCCAGCUGCAUCGUGGAGCAGAUGCUGUGGGACUGUCGGCAGCUGGGGGCUCAUUCACCAAGCACCCUCCUCUUUACCCUGAUGUACUUCAACACCAAAUACUUCAUCUUAAAGACAGUGGAGCAGCACUCGCAGCUGGCCUUCUCCAAAGUGCUCAAGCAAACCCGGAAGAACGCCGGCGUGGGCAAAGACAAGAGCCCGACCGUGAGAUUCCUUCGGCUCUAUGGACAGAUCCUGGGUGGCCUGAAAGAGGAGAUGUAUGGAGAGCAGCUGGAGAACCCUGAGAACCCCUUGCAGUGCCCCAUCAAGCUCUACGACUUCUACCGCUUCAAAUGCCCACAGAGCGCCAAAGGGCCCAGCGAUGCCUUCUACCUGGUCCCUGAACUGGUUGUGGCCCCCAACAGCCCCAUCUGGUACUCAGGCCAGCCCGUGGGCACUGAGCUGAUGGAACAGAUGCUCACCCGAAUCCUCAUGGUCCGGGAGGUUCAGGAGGCACACGCGGCGCCCCACGUGCCUGCCUCUCGGUGAGGGGCACCCAGCACGCACCCGUGCCCUCCAUGGCUCGGUCUGGAAAGGUCACUUGGAGAUGCUUGGCAGGUGUGUGGAGUGGCCACUCCACACAGGCUGGGCAGGCCCCGAGACCCACUCUCUUCAUGGUGGUUCCACAGUAGGAUUUUAUUUGCUUAGCCGGAGAACUGUGUUUUGGGAUUUUUUUCUGGUUUCUUGUGGCAUGGGCACACAAGUGCUUGAGAAUGAAUGGUGGGCAGUGUAUGUGUUUAGUCUGAGUCUAAUUUGUGAUGAGGGAGGAGUUCACAAAGGAAGCUCUGCUUAGUCCUAGCCCUGGAGGCCGGCUGGGCUCUGGGAAGCCCAUGCUGUCCUCGCAUCCAGGACAGGGUGGGCCUCCUGGCCUUCCACACUGGCUCCCUGUCACAGGUCUGGCGGAUGGGAGUGGUGGGCAGCAGCAGCAGUGGUGCUGAAGGGUGAGGAGGUUGGGGCUGGGGCAGGCCAGCCGUGGGCAAGAUUGUUGCCUACGUGCGUUUCACUCAGGCCCUGACCCUGGAUGCCGGUCUCCCUGUGGCGUGUGGCCAGGCUUCAGUUUACUAAAAGCUGAGAAUGCUGUACAACCUUACCUCAGAAGGGCUGCAGGAGGCUGGGCCUGGGGCUGCCCUGGGGCUAGGGCAGCCUUCUCCCAUUGGUCAGCUUCUCUAGGUCCAAUCUUGCAGGGAGAUUGACCUAUUUUUAUAAAUGCCUUUUUGGGAGAGAAAUCACUCUUUAGGAGUCUGGCAAUGCCAGGCUCUGCUACUACAAUGGAACCCUUUGAUUUGGAAAUAAAGUUUUUCUUUUGAUCCGU